GCGUCUCGACUCGACUCGCUCCUCCCCUCGGCGCCGAGGCGGAGCGGGCGGUGGCGGCGGGCGGGCUCAGCGCGCCCCCAUGGCCCUGGUGCUGGGUCAGCGGGCACAGUAGCCGCCUCCGGCUAUUCCCGCGGGUGACUCAGAGCUGCCCAGGGAAGGCAGGCUGGAGAUGCGCCUCGCCUCCGGGCUUCGGGCUGCGGCCGGAGACUGAGCCACAAAGAAGUUUCCCUGGCGGCGGUGGCGAGGCGCUCCUCCAUGCACCCCUCCGGCCGCCGAUCCUGGAGCGCUGCUCGGCAGGCGCCCGGCGCCGACCCUGCCAUGGAGCCCCGCGCGGGGCUGCACAGCAGCCCGGAGCUCAGCCGGGCCAAGCGGCUGAGCGUGGGGGAGCUCCGCUCCCUCUUCGAAGCUCGCUGCGCCGCCGUCGCUGCCGCCGCCGCCCGCCAGCUGCCUGACCCGGCGAAGAGGGGCUGCCGACGCCCCAACGGGGUGCUGCCGCCCGUCAUCCCCCGGCUCACCGUCACCGCCGAGGAGAGCGAGGAGACGCAGGGCAGCCCCCAGGCGCGGCCGCCGCAGCCGGAGGGCGGCUGGCUGAGGACGGGCAGCUCGCUGCACCUGCAGUCCCGCAGACUGUCCAACUCCUCGCUCUCCUCCACCGGCUCCUCGUCCCUCCUGGAAGACUCGGAGGACGACGUGCUGAGCGACACGGAGUGCAGGAGCCAGGGUAUCGUGCACUUGGAGCACGGCGAGGACACCAGCCAGUCUCCUGUGUCAGAUGUUCAAAAUAAAAUUUUUCCAGGCACUUACCAGCAGAAAAAGGCAUGGCAUACGAUUAAAACCAUGGUUAACUUACCAGUUAUCAGCCCCUUCAAGAAACGCUACUCAUGGGUGCAGCUGGCUGGGCAUACAGGGAGUUUUAAGGCAGCUGAUAGUGGGAAGAUUCUCAAACGCUUCUCAGAGAAUGAAAAGGAGUGUUUUGAGCGAUUGAUGAAAGACCCACUACGCUCCUGUGUCCCUUGCUUCCAUGGUGUGGUGGAGAGAGAUGGCGAGAGCUACAUUCAGCUGGAUGACUUGCUUACUGAUUUUGAAGGGCCAAGUGUGAUGGACUGCAAGAUGGGGAUCAGAACGUACCUGGAGGAAGAGCUGACUAAGGCACGAGAGAAACCAAAGCUGCGUAAGGACAUGUACAAAAAAAUGGUUGAAGUGGAUCCUCUUGCUCCCACGGCUGAAGAGAAUGCCCAGCAUGCUGUCACCAAACCCCGCUACAUGCAGUGGAGGGAAACCAUCAGCUCUAGUGCCAACCUGGGUUUCAGGAUUGAAGGAAUUAAGAAGGCAGAUGGAACAUGUAACACAAACUUCAAAACUACGAAGACUCAGGAGCAAGUUCUACAGGUUUUUGUGGAAUUCAUUGAGGGCAACACAACUAUUCUGAAAAAAUACCUCAAGCGUCUGCAGGAAAUUAAUGUCAUUCUUGAAUCCUCAGACUUCUUCAAGCGACAUGAGGUUGUUGGAAGUUCACUACUUUUUGUACAUGAUGGCAGUGGGAAUGCCAAUGUGUGGCUGAUUGAUUUUGGAAAGACUACCCUUCUCCCUGAUGGGCAGACCCUGGAUCACAGAAUCCCCUGGCAAGAAGGCAACAGGGAGGACGGGUACUUGUUGGGGUUGGACAAUUUGAUUGGCAUCUUGGAAAGCAUCACUGAAAGAUGAGUUGAGAAUGGCACAAAACUUGCAGGGCUUCUCUGUAAUUUUCUGCUUUACUGAAGUAGAAGGAAACUGAGUUAGAAGGAAACCUUUAAGUCCAAGCUCCUGAGGUCAUCAGUGCAGAGGAAGCUACAUCCAGAACCCAGCAGUUAGUGAUCAGCCCUCUAUGGAUGUAAACAAAUAACUCCAGAUUGGUCUGUAUUGCAUCAGAUGAACUUGAGACUGGUCCUCAGAGAAUGAAGAUCUCCAUACUUGGGAAUCACACCAGCAUGAGUCAAGAGGUCUGUGUGGUAAACCAGAAUGAUUGUGAUUUCUGGCAAAAUUGGACUCCAGAUUACUUCUUAGUGAACCGGGGCAAAUACUUGGGGAUUCAGGACAGAAAAAACCAUUUUUCAGGGAACUGCAUAGUUUUAAGACCAGAUUGGUUUUUUCCUCUCUAAUUCCAAGUCUUCUUGUGCCUGUGUACACUGUAGGUUGGACCAACAACUUCUACCGCAUUGUGUUACAGUGUGAACAAGGUGGAAAUGGGUGAUAAUCACUAGAAACCUGGAGCAAAGGGAGACAACAGUUUGUAGUGGCUUGAUGUGGCUAACUGCUCUUGACCAUUCCUCCUCUUCCCCACCCUAACCUUGCUUCUAUCCAAGAACAGCCUUGGCUUUUUAUGUAGCUUCUCAGGAGUUUACAAGUACUCUAGGGAGAGAAUAGCAGCCUAUGGUCUCCAAAACCAUUUGACUUUCCAACUGGGUAGGCUGCUGGAAAUGUUAGUAGCUUGGCAAGUUUGGCCUCUUGCAGCUGAACUGCAGUUCUGAAAAUCACUAAUGAUCUUUCACACACAGAUCAGGGAACUAAGUUUUUUUUUUUUCCAAGGCUUGUUUAUUUUUAAGGAUAAAACCCCUAUACACAAGCACACAGAUGCACGCACUAGUAAUCAGCAACCAGUGUGAUCUCUUAAGAUCAUGAUUUGACUGUCUCCUAAUAUAUGUGACUUCUUGGCCAUGUUCCUGUUCUCAAAUACAAUGCUGCCACUUAAGUAUGUAAACUGGCACAGCAAUCAGGAUGAUAAUGUUUCUGCAUUCACAGCAUUACACAGUGAUGAAAUAAUUCCCAGGCAUCCUUCCUCCAAGGUAUCAGAUGUUAAAUCCAGGCAGUUUGGGUGAAGGGAUGUCAAUAUAUCACAUCCUCUAGUCCCUGUCUGGAAUUACAGGGUGAUCUGUGAUUAAUUCUUCUUUUGCUGUGGUUCAGGCACAGCCACAGAAAAUUCACAGUUUUUGGGUUAAGAAGAUUGAAGUGUUUUCUUGUAAUGGCUUCACAUACCUUCUCCUUGGUUUCCUCUAGUCACUUGAACAGUUCUUUAAAUACUAGCAGUGUAAAUACUAUCAUUAGUCUCAUGUUCACUCACAUUCCAGGUUUUAACAUUAAUAAUGUGAUGAUGCAGUUUCCAAAAUGUGGACUAGACUUACAUUGCUACUUGAUGGUUAAUCUUCUUUCAACAUCUAAAGCUAGUAAUUCACAUUGAUCAGAAAUUGCCAUCUUUUGCUGGUGUCCUGGGCUCAGGAGAGAUUCUGAGAACUUUUGGAUAUAUGAAGCUGACUCCAUGCUUUGAGAAACUGCUACUUCAAUAGUAAUCAUUAUCAUGGGCAAAAAAACCCCUGUAGAGUUCAGAUCUGGAAUGAAAUUUAUGUAUAACAUUUGUAAUUAGAACUGAAGAGCCUAAAAUAAUUUCUAAAAUGAGUUACUUUGGAUAACACACUACUGUACUAAAAGAUCAGUCAGAUUUAGUUACUUUUUCAUCACCUCUAAAGAAAACAGCAGUAUUAAAAAUUGAAGUUCAAUUGUCACAUAAAAGUUAGAUGACUUAGAUAGAGUAGGUAUUCUGUUAGGAAGUAAUGACAUGUGGAAGCAUUUCAUCCUAAACCAGAAGUUGUCUGAAACUGGUAAUUAUUUUUGCAGUUCACUGCAAAUUCAGAUGACUUCUGUGGCCUCUCAGAGUCUCUCAGUUUCAUAUGCAUGAUAGCAUGUUAAUGAAUUUUCCACUUAAAAGUUUCAGAGGGUUUACACUGCCUUUUUUUUUUUUUAAUUGACAGUGAGCACAGAUAUCAUUCCAGAUGCCUCCUAACUUUUGAAUUGCUAUGAGAUGACAAAUGAAUAGCAAGUAAAUAGGUCUCACAGGGAGGACUUUAAUAACAUUACCUUUUUUAUGAGACUUCAAUUGCAAGCAGUCCUACCAUAAUAAAAAAAAUUAUUGAAGUUAGACAUAACACUGUGAAGAUAUAAUUCCUUUAGUGGUUUGCCUAAUUAAUCUUCAGAGUUAAAUUUCUUUCUUCUGUUACCACACCUGUGAAUCUUUUGCACCAGUGUAACUUAUUUUCUAGAGGGGAGAUUUAGAUGGUAGAGGUUGAUGUUCAAAUGUCAGCUGAGAAUUUAAGACAAACUUUUAGAAUGACUGUUGGAAAGGUCAGGGAAAAAUGAAAACUUCUAGAUAAUACAUAGUUCUAGGAAGUUAGUUUUGAAAUGGCCUCUUUGCCUUGCUAAGGGAUCAGAAAGGAAGAAAUCACAAUCAUCUGCUGUUGUUAUGGAAAGGAGAGAAAUAGGCAGCUUUUCUUGGUAAACUGCCAAGGGCAGGAUUUCCAGCUGAGCACAGGAGUUCUAGGAGGGUGAGACUAUGAGCUCAUAAGCAAACUACCACAGGGUAUGUUAGGUACCUUGUCUCUCAUCAGAUGGACCAGAGGGUCUGUCUGUGUACACUCACUUGCUAGUGUGAGGAAGCCUUCUUUCACUAUGGAAUAAGUUGCCUUGAAUAAGCUUAUAUUUACCAGAGAGUCAACAUGAUGCAUUUGCACAGACAUGUAACAUAGAAGAGCUGAUGCAUGAUAACCAAGGUACUUGUUCACAUGCAAGUCCAGAGUGUAGUUCAUUAAUGCAUCUGCUGGGAUAGUGCCUCACUCUGGAGACACUGAGUGUGUGUGUUUCCGCAGCAUGGUAAGAUAUGCUGGCCCAGAGGCACUUUGGUGCUGAACAGCUGACCUCUGACUUAGGCACUAAGAUCUUUAAACUCACUGGUUAGAUGCAGCAAUGCUUACUGCUAUAGCUGCUGCAUUCCUAUUUGAAUCUGAAAGUAGGACUUCUCUCCCUCAACUUGUCAUUGACUUGUUUUUUUGGCCUUGGACAACUAGGCAUCAGUUUUGUUCCCAUUUUACAGAUGGGAACAGUACCUACUUACCUCACAGGAAUGGUGUGAGGCUGUCCUUCACUAUUGCCUGCAAGAUGCUGUGAGAUCCUUUGGAGGAAGGUGCAAUAUAGAAAGAAAUGCACAAAGAGAUAGAUAAGUUUAAAGAUGUUGGGUGAUGAGGCUCCACAGGGAUAUAAAUGUGGCUGAAAUGUAACCAAAAUGGUAAAAAUUGAAUCCCUCUGAAUUUUGUACAGGGUGAAACUCACUUAAUAGGAUCCAGUUCCUAUUAAAGGGAAAGAUUUCAGUGGGAGUUGGACCAAACCCUUAAGUAUCUCAGAGAGCUUUUGCUAUCUUUUUUAUUGCUGUUGUUAUUAUUUGUUAUUCUUAAGGUACUGAGAUCAAAUGGCCUGUAUCAUCCACAUGCAUCGGUUCUGAACACUACAAUGCAAUGCUGACCAUGGUCACUUUUGACAUUGACUGUAUUGGAUGAGUGUUUGUUACUCUGAAGUGUGUAUGCUACUAAAUAAAUGAGACUAAAGAAAAAAAAGCC